AUGAGCGGGGAAGAGGGAAAAGAGGAAAAGAGGGGAAAGAGGGAAAGAGGGGAAAGAGGGAAAAGAGGGAAAAGAGGGAAAAGAGGGAAAGAGGAAAAGAGGAAAGAGGAAAAGAGGGAAAAGAGGGAAAAGAGGGAAAAGAGGGAAAAGAGGGAAAAGAGGGAGAGGGAAAAGAGGGAAAAGAGGGAAAAGAGGGAAAAGAGGGAAAAGAGGGAAAAGAGGGAAAAGAGGGAAAAGAGGGAAAAGAGGGAAAAGAGGGAAAAGAGGGAAAAGAGGGAAAAGAGGGAAAAGAGGGAAAAGAGGGAAAAGAGGGAAAAGAGGGAAAAGAGGGAAAAGAGGGAAAAGAGGGAAAAGAGGGAAGAGAGGGAAAAGAGGGAAAAGAGGGAAAAGAGGGAAAAGAGGGAAAAGAGGGAAAAGAGGGAAAAGAGGGAAAAGAGGGAAAAGAGGGAAAAGAGGGAAAAGAGGGAAAAGAGGGAAAAGAGGGAAAAGAGGGAAAAGAGGGAAAAGAGGGAAAAGAGGGGAAAGAGGGAAUAUUAUGAUAUGUAA